AUGAAAGGAGAGAAGAAAAUUUCACUGGGCGCGCGAAAGAAGAAACUCAAGACGAAGAACAGUAAACUUGUGAGGAGUAGUAUUGUAGCUUACCUCAAAUCCGAUGAUUACUUUUUCGCUCCUCUGCUUUCCACUUCUCCAUCGCUCGAGCCGCAGAUACAAACGGAUGACUUAUCUUUAGCAGCAGAUGCAUUAGGGAACGAGAGUGUGAUCAAGAAGAAGGGAAGAAUGUCGGAGAAAGUGAAGGAAUAUCUGAAAUCUGAUUGUCAUAUGUACGGGCCGAUGAUCUCACCUCCAACGCUUGCUUCUUCGCUUAAAGACUAUCAAGAUAGAUUCUGCAUUGGGCCUAAGAUAGUUGAUUUGAAAGCAGGGAAAGUGCAAAUCAAAAACGUGGUAACGAUGGAAUUAUCAACGAGUAGUACAGCCAUGAAGGAAGAUACCAAUAACUGUAUGAAUCUCCGGUCAGAUAUCGCAGAGAAGACAUUGCAUAACGCAAGGAUCAACUCUCCAAAACGACCAUUGGUAAUCUUGGAAGGACAACGAAAUGGACUUAGCCGUGAAAGAGCCUUUUCUUCUCAACCAGAAGAAGAGAUGGUGAAGCCAGAUCAGAGGAGAGUUACGAUUGAGUCGAAGAUAAUGUAA